ACUCGCGGCCGCGGGGGAGUGCAGGAGUGUAGGCGAGGCGGUCGGUCACCAGAUGUAUUGGCAUGCGAGAUCACUAAGCCUUCUGGGAGAAACAUGGAAGACAGCUAAGGGACCAAUAGGUCCCAAGGCCUUGGGAUGAAGCCUACAAGAGUGAAGACGGGGAAAUGGGGCCUCUACACUCUGGGGAGACAUGGUGUGUCACGGUGAGCACAGUACUCACCCCAGCGUCAGAAAGGAUGAAAUGCCUGGUUGGUGUUCUGCUCUAUCGUCCUCCUCUUGGUGGAGAAAGGCUGGAAACCCUCAGGUCUGCUGUCUUCUCCUCAGGACCCCGGGAGCAGCACCCAGAGUCCACGGCCUGGAGGCUGGGCAUCACCACCCUGGGUGCAGGCCUCCUUCACCCACAGGGCCAUGGGAUAAGCCCACCGUGGAGGAGGCCGUGGACUCCGGGCCCAGGACGAUCAGCAGGAGGUAUCUGAGCUCCCUGAAGAACAAGCUGUCCAGCAGGGACUGGAGGAAAUCUUGCCAGGCUAGGACCUGCCCUGGCCCCGGGACACAGGAGCCUGAGGAGAAGAGGAUCGUCCAGGAGCUGCUGGAGACAGAGCAGGCCUAUGUGGCACGCCUCCACCUGCUAGACCAGGUGUUCUUCCAGGAGCUGCUGAAGGAGGCCCGCAGCAGCAAGGCCUUCCCCGAGGAUGUGGUCAGGCUCAUCUUCUCCAACACCGCCUCCAUCUACCAGUUCCAUGCACAGUUCUUCCUCCCAGAGCUGCAGCAGCGGCUGGACAACUGGACGACCACCCCCCGCAUUGGCGACGUGAUCCAGAAGCUGGCCCCCUUCCUGAAGAUGUACAGUGAGUAUGUCAAGAACUUUGAGCGAGCCGCUGAGCUGCUGGCCACCUGGAGUGACAAGUCUCCACCCUUCCAGGAGGUUAUCACCCGCAUUCAGAGCAGCGAGGCCUCGGGCAGCCUGACCCUGCAGCACCACAUGCUGGAACCUGUGCAGAGAAUCCCACGCUACGAGCUGCUGCUCAAGGAGUAUGUCCAGAAGCUGCCAGCCCAGGCCCCAGACCUGGCUGAUGCCCAGAAAGCCCUUGACAUGAUCUUCUCAGCCGCUCAGCACUCCAACGCAGCCAUCACUGAGAUGGAGCGGCUGCAGGAACUGUGGGAAGUAUACCAGCGCCUGGGUCUGGAGGACGACCUAGUAGACCCCUCCAACACCCUGCUGCGCGAGGGCCCUGUCCUCAAGAUCUCCUUCCGCCGCAUUGGCCCCUUGGAGCGCUACCUUUUCUUGUUCAACAACAUGCUGCUCUACUGUGUGCCCAGGGUCAUCCAGGUGGGCGCCCAAUUCCAGGUCAGGACCCGUAUCGAUGUGGCCAGCAUGAAGGUGCGGGAGCUGACUGACGCUGAGUUCCCCCACUCCUUCCUGGUGUCCGGGAAGCAGCGCACCCUGGAGCUGCGGGCCCGCAGGUCCCAGGAGGAAAUGAUCUCCUGGUUGCAGGCCUGCCAAGCGGCCAUUGACCAAAUCGAGAAGCGGAAUGAAACCUUCAAAGCUGCGGUCCAGAGCCCUGAGGGAGACACCCAGGAGCAGGAGCUGCAGUCUGAGGAGCUGGGCCUCCGGGCGCCGCAGUGGGUCCGUGACAAGAUGGUGACCAUGUGUAUGCGCUGCCAGGAGCCCUUCAACGCCCUGAUGCGCCGCCGCCACCACUGCCGGGCCUGCGGCUACGUGGUGUGUGCCAGGUGCUCCGACUACCGGGCUGAGCUCAAAUAUGAUGACAACAGGCCCAGCCGAGUCUGUUUAGACUGCUACACGUUCCUCACCGGAAAUGUGCUCCCUGAGGACAAGGAGGACAAGAGGCGUGGCAUCCUGGAGAAAGGAGCUGCAGCGGGGUCCGAGCAGAGCCUAAUGUGCAGCUUCCUACAGCUCUUCGGGGACAAGUGGGGCAAAAGCGGGUCCCGGGGCUGGUGCGUGAUCCCGCGGGAUGACCCCCUCGUGCUCUAUGUCUACGCUGCCCCCCAGGACAUGAGGGCCCACACCUCCAUCCCCCUGCUGGGCUACCAGGUGACCGCUGGGCCCCAGGCGGACCCCCGGGUCUUCCAGCUGCAACAGUCAGGCCAGCUCUACACCUUCAAGGCCGAAACCGAGGAGCUGAAGGAUCGCUGGGUGAAGGCCAUGGAGCGGGCGGCCAGCGGCUUGAGCCCCGGGGGGCCCAACGACAGGGACCUGUCUGACUAAGCUACAGCGGGGCCCUCUCCCCCUCAGAGCCCUGCUCCUGCCACACACGGGCUGACACUUCAGCUGACCCACCACCCCAAGCUGAGCUUUCAAAGAAUUGAUUUCCAGUCGUCUGUGUUCAGAGCGUGUGUCCUGAUUUGAGAUUCAGAACACAUGGGUUCAUUCCUUUGGGGAGGGGAUGACGAAGCAUCCCAGUUUGCCCAGGGCCAAGGGGAUUCCUGGAACAUGGGACUUCCAGUGCUACAACUAAGAAAGUCCCAGGUAACCCAGGACUGUUGGUCACCAAUGUGGUUCACAGGCUGGCUGCACGUAUGUAUCACCUGGGAAGCUUUAAAAGAUACCAACAAAUAAAUAUAAACUAAAAAUUCAAACA